GCGGCACCGCCCGGUCCGCGCUCAGCCGCCGCCGAGUCUCCGCUGCCCACGACGCCGCCAUGCCCAAGUGCCCCAAGUGCGACAAGGAGGUGUACUUCGCCGAGCGAGUUACCUCGCUGGGCAAGGACUGGCACCGGCCCUGCCUGAAGUGUGAGAAAUGCGGGAAGACGCUGACCUCGGGGGGCCACGCCGAGCACGAGGGCAAGCCCUACUGCAACCACCCCUGCUACUCGGCCAUGUUUGGGCCCAAAGGCUUUGGACGAGGCGGAGCUGAGAGUCACACUUUCAAGUAGACUCAGGCCUUGGAGAUCCUGUCCUCCGGCACCCGCUGGGUCACUGCCUGUCCUGGGCAGAUGCCAGGCCUCGCUCCUGGAUGCCCAGGAUCCCAAGUAACCCUUCAUGCCCUCAAUAAAACCGGAGUGCCUUCAA